AUGAGGAUGAUUGAAAGCAUUGACUCCGUGGCCACCAGGUCCAGUGAAGACCUUUGGGCUGAAAUCUGUUCGUGUCUGCCUCGUCCUGACCAGGACGCCAGCGCUGCUUUUACAGACUCCUUCCUGGACUCCUACGCUGACGGAGGAAGCCAGAGCAGUGGCUCAGAUGGCUCUUCCCAAACCAGCCUGAAGCCCUGGGCACCCUUGAAUGAUUCAGAGGUGUAUUUAGCAUCCCUAGAGAGAAGACUGAUGAGAAUCAAAGGCCUGUCUCAGGAGGUGACCUCCAAGGACAUGCUACACACGCUCUCCCAGGCCAAGAAGGAAUGCUGGGACAGGUUCCUGCAGGAGAAGUUUGAGUCUGAGUUUUACCUGGAGGGGCACGACACUGAUGAGAGCACACUGGAACAUCUGAAGCGCUGGCUGCAGCCAGAUAAAGUAGCCAUCAACACCGAGGAGGUGCAGUGCCUCAUCCCUCCAGAACCUCAGCCAGAGAAGCAGGAGCCCCAGGAAGAACCUCCAGCUGCAGAGCAGUGAGAUGCACACCAGCCACGCCACGAGCUGCCUCUUGUCCAACCCUGCUGACAUCGACAGCAGUAACCGGGUGGGAGGGGAGGAAAUGCCAAUUAUCUGUCAUGUAGAAAACAAAAAACCCAGCACACCAAACCCCUGCCUCGGGGCCUCCAGAUACAGCAAUUGGUGUUUGUUAAGGGCAAGGGUGGAGCACUAGUGACAGCUGAAACCUCACCUUGAUCUUCUCCCAGCCUUUAGCUGCAUGAACGUUCCAGUCUGAGUGUGAGGUGUUGGGGAUUCAUCAGGAGAUGUGAGACAACAAAAAGCAGCCCUUCAGAAGCAGCAGAAAACCUCCUGGUCUAGAGUAGAACAGAGAAAACCACCUCCUGUCUUGCACCUGUUGUAUUACUCAGUUGGGCAUUUUUUUUUCCUUUCCUGCAAACUCCACUGUGGUGUUUUCUGUAGUUCUGGGCUGUUGCAGCUUGAGCUGGCCCUGGGCUGAAGGAGACAGAUUUCACCUACCUGAAUUUGGAGCCCUAAAGGCACUCGAAUUGGUGGUCACUAUUUAACAUUCCUCUUUGUAGUGCUGCCUCCUGCAAUGCCCCACUUCGUUGCCCAAGCUGUUGUAGGAUAUGCUGGAGGAGGAGUGUUUUUCCUUCCUGUUGGUCAUUUUGGACCUGUUCUUUAUCUCCUUCAGCCUUUCCAAAAGAGGCUCAGAUGAGAUUCUGUAUCAGGAAACCAAGAGUGGCAACCAUGGAGGCUACAAGCAACUUGCUUUCACCACAGACUUGCACAGAAUUGCCUCAUUUAAAUAUCUCCUAGUAUUUAAUUGUUCUCCACCCUGUUUCAUUCUGCAGAUUUCCCAUUACUAAUCAAAUUCUGUAAUCCUCUAUUUGUACAAACCUGGUUGUUCCCUGUGCUUUUUGCCUCGGCAUUGACACUGGAGGUCGAUAGAGGGAGGCAGCAGCCAGCUCCUGUCAGCUACAGCUCAUGAAGGCAGGAGCUGCAGGAGUACUUCUGGUAGUUUUUGCACGCUGGAGUAAUCUUCAUCUUGUACCUGUAUGGAAAUGCAUUUUUAAAAGUAGAUUCUUGCCAGAC